AUGUUCCCAACCCGACGCUUAGCCCAGGGCGGAUUCUUCAAACGUAGUGCCGACGAGUUCGGCCGACUGUCCAGGAUUGCCUGGAACACGGAAACCCUUCACACUCCUACCAAACCUUAUACCCUCCUUAAUUUCGAAGAUGAAGAAACCGUCAAAGGAUGCAAGACCAUGGCCGACCGUGCAGUGGGUGGCUUCAGCACCGCCAGCCUAGACUACGAACCUGCCGAACCUUCUUCCAACACACCAUCACAUGCCCGCUUCCACGGUAGCAUCUCAACCAAACUUCCAGACAACUGGCGUGUAGAAAGAACCGGCUACGCUGCCUUCCGCAAUCAAGAUCGGGGCUACUGGCUAUUCGGCAAGCUCUUUUGGGACGUCGAUCCUUACGCCUAUCUCGCACUGCGGAUCAAGUCCGAUGGUCGGCGGUACACUGUCAACGUGCAGACCGAAGCUGUCGUAGAGACCGAUAUCCACCAGCACAGAUUAUAUACACGCCACCACCGCGUGCGCGAAGUGACAUCGUCGGAUGACGCAUAUAGUUUCCAGGCCGACUCCCCCGAUUCUGUUGACGAGUUAUAUCCCAACGGCUUGCCUGCUGCGCUCUCGGAUGUUCCGCCUGAAUCAACUAUCAUGUCUACGUCGACUAGUACGACGACAUCUGGCUCGAGCGGGUGGGAGACGGUACUUCUGCCGUUCAACUCGUUCGUGCGCACGAACCACGGUUUCGUCAUCGAGCCCCAGACUUCUCUGACUCGGCAGCGUGUGAAGAGUAUUGGAAUUGGUCUUACGGAUCGUGUUGAGGGGCCGUUUGAUUUGCGCAUUCAUAAGAUUUGGGCUACUAAUGGCAUUAGUGAGGCGGAGUUUGAAGAAGAGCGCCGUAUCUGUGGUGAGAAUGCGCUGCCUCUCGACGAGGGUGUCCAGUCAGGUUGGACCGAUAUGCCUCAAGAGAAACCUGUGAAGGAGAUCAAGCAGAAUAAGCAGCAGGAUCGCGGCUCCGCUAAGGGUCUCAAGGGGUUGAAGGGUGAAUGGGAGGAGUAA